AUGAAGCCAACGAUAAUUCCGAGAACCUGCGCAAUAAAAUACUUAGAAUUAUCACGUAGCAUCUACCAUAAGUUGAAAAAUCAUAAUAAAUGGAUUUAUAUAAUAAACACGUUAGAUGAUGUAGCUAUCACCUGUGAUCAAUGGGAUAACGCUAAGAAUAUACAACUAAGGGGUGUAGGUAUAAUAACAUUAAGUGAACAAUGCAGGGCGCAUACACCACAAGUAGUCUUAACACCUAACAGGCACUUGAAGUCCGUUCUGUAUACCGAUUUCAUUCCACCAGUUAAAAUACCCACUAGUGUAAAAAUUCCGUUACUACCCAGUGCUAAACUCGACAGUUUACUUAUCCACCAAAAUCCAGUAGUCAAGCUGAACGAUAUUAGUGACUUUUCAAAAACCAUCGAGGAGUUGGAAAGCGCCAUCCAGGAGGAAAAAGAUAAGAGUAUAUUAAAAUCAACCAGUGGUAUGCAUACAAAAAUAAUUAUAAUAUUAUGUAUAAUAUUAGGAAUAAUGAUAGUUUAUAGUUUAUAUAGUGCUUAUAAAAACAAACAAAAAUACCGUAGUCAUAGAAUAGUAAUUCCUAGAGUAGAAGUAACUACAUUAUAA